AUGGCAAGGCAUGGCAUGUCACAUACUUAUGCUUUUGUCUGCUUUUGUCUGAAAUCCUGUGAACCAAGCAUCUGGCAUCCCUCCCAAAACCAAACACUUCGCACAGACGUGCAACGAAUCAACGAACAUCGCCGACACUACGGAGCACUGGCCGCGACUUGGCCAAGAAAUGAGCAAUGCACUGUACAAUUGACGGGAUACCCUAGUACGGCCAAUGGAAGCCAGCAGACUCGUCGGCUACUGGCUUGGCUGUUUCCCCUGACGGUUAGCGCUGGCUGUGCAGCCUGGGGGCUUGGUGAUAGGACUGAAAACCCAAAAACACCCAAAGUGGUGAGCCUACCUCACCAGGAGUCAAGCAUAGUCCUGGGCGGAAUUCCUUUGGUCGAGGCGUGGCGCCCAGCAAUUUGGCAGCAGUUCAAAUCUGCAGGACGCAAUGCACCAGAGCUCGCCCCAAUCCACGCUCGACCGUCCCAGCGCCCAAAAGCUGUUUGCAGCAUCGAACGGCCCACGAACUACGGCUCCCCUACCACUGCCUUGGGCGUUGGAGGACGAUUCCCCCAAUCAAUACCUUCGGCCUCUGAUCCUGGCCUUCACACAACAUGUUGUUAUUCACACAACAUCAAGCCGAAGCGCGAUCCUUCCUUGGCUCUCUGA